CAGUGGCGGGGCUGGCGGCUGGCGGUGGCCCAGUGGGGGCUGGCCGGGCCUGGUGGACGGUAAGGCAGUGAGGCCGCGCGCGGAGGGACGCACAGCGACGCACAGCGCGCCCCGCCGACGCCAUGGAGUCCAAGAACAAGCAGGACAAGGACAAGGGCAGCAAGCUGGACCGGCCCGAGGAGCUGCCCUGGGACGUGGUGGACCGUUGCCUGCUGCCGGUGCUCACGGCGCACGCGCUCGCCGUCAUCCUGGCCUUCAUCCUCAACACGCUGCGCAUCUCGCAAGUGUCGUCCUGGACGCUCUUCUUCUGGUUCACCGCCAUCACCCUCGCCACGCUGUGGUUCUACCACAACCUGCAGGUCACCGCUGCGGGGAAGACCGUGCUCGUCACCGGGGCGGACAACCGUCUGGGGCAGGUCAUCGUCAAGCAGCUGGAUGAAGUGGGCUUCACGGUGUUCGCCGGCAUGAAGCAGAAGGCGUGCGCCGAGGCGGGCCGCCUCAAGGACCAGUGCUCGGGCAGGCUGCACGUGCUGCAGCUGGACGUGACCAAGGAGGAGGACAUCAUCGCCGCCAGGGACUACAUCGCCGCCAACCUGCCCGACGGCACGGAAGGUCUGUGGGCCGUGAUCAACAACGAGCAGUGGGCAGCCUUCGGCGAGGUGGAGUGGGUGCCACUCCCGGUGUUCCGCCAGGCCGCCGAGAUCAACUUGCUGGGGACCAUCCGGGUGUCGCAGGUCUUCCUGCCCCUCGUCCGAAAAGUCAAAGGCCGCAUCGUCAACGUCGUCAGCGUCCUGGGCCACGUGACUGCGCCGCUGCAGGCGCCGUACUGCACCGUCAAGUACGGCGUGGAGGCCUUCAGCGACUGCCUGCGCAGCGAGAUGCGGCGCUGGGGCGUCGACGUGGUGGUCGUCGAGCCCGGCGACUACACCACAGGCAAACUGUGGUACGACGACACCAAGUUGCUGCAGCAGGCCAAGGAGAUGUGGGAGGGAAUGCCCGAGGAGUCGCGCCAGGACUACGGCGAGCACUACUUCGAGUACACCAUCCGACGCAACCUCGAGCCGUACACCAAGGGCAAGGAGACGGACAUGGCCCCCCUGAUGCGCUCCCUCCAGGACGCCGUGUGCCGCACCUUCCCGCUGCAGCGCUACACCGCGGUGACGCGCGCCGAGAAGAUCCGCAUGCUCAUCUUGAACCACCUGCCGCGCUCCGUGCACGACAUUCUGUACCCGUGAAGCGGCAACGCGCCAACAGACCCUCCCCCCGCCCCGCCCCGUCUUCUUGGAGUGACUCGACUCCCAGGUCGGAAAGACUGCCACGCCCGAAAACCCGGCGCGGCCCAACUGCCAUCGGAGGGGAGGAGACCUGACUGCCGACGGCCGGGGAAAGGGAGUGCGAAACCAAAUUUGCGAGGUCUGAUCCGAGGAUUUUACGACGGAGGGUGUUGCCCAUACCAUCAUUCCGAAAGGAGUAACCGAUUCUGUGUCUGCGUGACAGACUGAGUAACGGUCACCCAUCGAUUCAAAUGUAAAUGAAGCACAAAUAUUUGUAUUUGGUGGCUGUAUUAUGCAGCUUCCCACUGCCAGUAACCAAGAUUUAAAAAAUAAAAAAAUUACUCUACUGAAAGAGGAAAAAAAUCUGUAAAAUUAAAUUGCCAGUCUGUGAACCCGAGUAUUCAAUUUUGAUGUAAAAUUAACUUCCCAAUUUAUAUAUAUAUGUGCCUUAUCAUCAAUGUUGUACUUUGUAGAAUUGUGGUCCAAAACAUGCAUUUUUAAUCAUAUAUUUUUAACUGCUCGCAUGUGUGUGCUACCCAUUGUACUCUUGUCCCCGUAGUUAAUAAGCAAACAAUAAAGUGCAGCUACUGGUA